GUUGGGAGCGGGGGCUGGUUCUGCGAAGGCGCCUUCAAUGGCAACGAGAAGGAGACCAUGCAGUUCCUGAACGACCGCCUGGCCAACUACCUGGAGAAGGUGCGCCAGCUGGAGCGGGAGAACGCAGAGCUGGAGACCAGGAUCCGGGAGUGGUAUGAGUCUCAGAUCCCGUACAUCUGCCCAGACUACCAGUCGUAUUUCAAGACCAUCGAGGACCUCCAGCAGAAGAUCCUGCUGACCAAGGCUGAGAACGCCAGGCUAGUCCUGCAGAUUGACAACGCCAAGCUGGCUGCCGACGACUUCCGGACCAAGUACGAGACGGAGCUGUCCAUGCGGCAGCUGGUGGAGGCCGACACCAACGGCCUGCGCAGGAUCCUGGACGAGCUGACCCUGUGCAAGGCCGACCUGGAGGCCCAGGUGGAGUCCCUGAAGGAGGAGCUGCUGUGCCUCAAGAAGAACCACGAGGAGGAAGUCAACACACUCCGUUGCCAACUUGGGGACCGACUGAACGUGGAGGUGGAUGCUGCCCCCCCGGUGGAUCUCAACAAGAUUCUUGAUGAUAUGAGAUGUCAGUAUGAGGCCCUGGUGGAGAAUAACCGUCGAGACGUGGAGGCCUGGUUCAACACCCAGACCGAGGAGCUGAACCAGCAGGUGAUGUCCAGCUCGGAGCAGCUGCAGUGUUGCCAGACGGAGAUCAUCGAGCUGAGACGCACGGUCAAUGCCCUGGAGAUCGAGCUGCAGGCCCAGCACAGCAUGAGGAACUCCCUGGAAUCCACCCUGGCGGAGACCGAGGCGCGCUACAGCUCCCAGCUGGCCCAGAUGCAGUGCCUGAUCAGCAACGUGGAGGCCCAGUUGGCCGAGAUCCGCUGUGACCUGGAGCGGCAGAACCAGGAGUACCAGGUGCUGCUGGACGUCAAGGCCCGGCUGGAGUCGGAGAUUGCCACCUACCGCCGCCUGCUGGAGGGCGAGGACUGCAAGCUGCCUGCCCACCCUUGUGCCACAGAAUGCAAGCCUUCCGUUAGGGUACCUUACGUCUCGACUGUGCCCUGUGCUCCGGCUGUGCCCUGCGGCCCGGCUCCCCAGGUCAGCACCCAGAUCCGCACCAUCACCGAGGAGAUCAGAGACGGGAAGGUCGUCUCCUCCAGGGAGCACCUGCAGCCCUGCCCACUGUAG